CCAAAAAAAAACUGAAAGGUAAUGAAAUGAGAACAGGGAAUGAAAGUGAGAAUAGAGGAGGGAGAAAGACAAAGACGCAGAGGGGAAAGUAUGCGAAGGAGUGCAAAGAAGAAACUGGAAAUUAAGAUCGCUGAAUUGGAGGCAAUCCUGGCAAAGGAGAGAGCAAAAGCGCAGAAAUACAAAAAGAGAUAUCAGAGGGCUAAGAAAGAAGGAGCUUCCACUACGUCACCACGUACAGCUGUAAAAGCUUUGUUGGGCCGUCAGAAGGUGAGGUCUCCUGUCAAAAAGGCUCUACUUUUUCAUGCUGCUUUAGUGGAAGAUAUCCGAUCCAAAUACAAAAAAUCAAAAGCAAAUAAGGAAAAGCAGCUGAUCGAUAAAGUUGUCACUCGAAACAUAGUGAAAAAGUACAAGCUCCAAAGCUAUGCCAGGUCAGCUUUUGGGUACUCGAAGAAGAGAGCCAUACAUCCUCCUGACAAUCUCACCUACAACAGUAGAAGAAGAAGUGUCCAUCAAAUGCAGUUAAGAAACAACAUUACAUCUUUUUUCCUGCGAGAUGACGUCAGCCGAAUGACAGCCGGUCGCAAGCAAACCAUUACACUGCGCAAGAAGAAGAUGCAGAAGAGGUUGUUAACUGACACAAGAAAAAAAUUGUACCAGAAAUUUUUGUCUGAGAACCUUGGAAAUGUGUCUUACACCACAUUUUGCCGCUGCAAACCAUUUUGGGUGGUAAGCCCUUCCCCCUCUGACCGGGAUUCAUGUUUAUGCAAGAAACAUGAGAACUUGCUAUUCAUGACGGAUGCUUUACAGAGCUGCGGGUUGCUGCAUCACCGAGAUAUUGAACAACUGGCUCAGGAAACCAUGUGUGAUUCCAAAACGAAGGCCUGUGCGUAUGGGGAGUGCAGGGAAUGCCUUUAUACAUGUCAGCCAAUGCUGCGACAUCCUGGACAAGAUGGUGUCACUUUUUGCCAAUGGACAACUGAGAAAAUAGAGAGAGAUGACAAAAGCUCCACAAUUACAGUCAAGAAGGUGUUGGAAAUGUCAGAGGAUGAACUAAGCACACAGUUCCACAACAGCCUUUUCCAUUUCAGGCGCCAUAUUUUUAACAUCAAAUGGCAGUAUGACGUUUACCGUAAGAUUAGAAACAACCUCAGGAGCACUGAGUGUCUCAUACAUAUUGACUUCAGUGAAAACUACUCCUGCAAAUACCACAAGGAAAUACAGUCUGUGCAUUUUGGGGGCUCACACCAACAGGCCAGUCUGCACACUGGAGUGUUAUAUGUUGCAGGUGAUCAAGCACCACAGAGCUUUUGCACAAUCUCACCCUCCAGGAGACAUGACCCAGUGGCCAUCUGGGCCCACCUCGACCCCAUUCUGAACCAAGUGAGAGAGCAACAUCCUGAUGUCUGCACGCUCCAUUUUUUUAGUGAUGCUCCAGCGACACAGUACCGUCAAAAGGGGAAUUUUUUCCACCUCUCUACCGAACCCUUCAAGUAUGGAUUCAAGCAAAUUUCCUGGCACUUUUUUGAAGCCAGCCAUGGGAAGGGGGCUCCAGAUGGGGUAGGGGGGGCCCUCAAGAGAACAGCCGACAAAAUUGUCGCCCAUGGAGAAGACAUUCCGAAUGCACAGACAUUGUAUGAGAAACUAAAAGGUCAAGAAAACUGUUCAAUUGACCUGCACUUCAUUCCAGAGUCAGACAUUGAGGCAAAGCCCGAGGUACCUGCUGUGACUGCUGUAAAAGGCACUACAAGAAUCCACCAAGCCAUCAGCAUGAAACCUGGUGAAAUGAUGUACAGAGACAUUUCAUGGGACAUUAAAUGGGAGGAAGGCACCCUGGAUUGUUCAUGUUUCAACCUUCAAAAAGUGUCCCUGCUGGCAUCUGAUCAGUCAAAAGUACAUGUGAAGGAACCGAUUAAAAGUUGGAGGCCAGAAGUCAUCGAAGAGAAGCACAUUGGUGAAUGGUGUGUAGUCAACUACGACAAUGAUGGAUACCCUGGUAUCAUUCUCGAUGUAGAGGAGCACAGCGUGAAAGUUAAAUGCGUGCACAACAAAGGAAUCAACAAAUUCUGUUGGCCAAGUCCUCGUGAUGACAUCAACUGGUAUGGGGAUUGGCAGAUUCUGUGCCUCAUGCCGGAACCACAACUUGUUAACAGGCGUGCUUUCUCAGUUGAGCCAUCUGUUUGGAAGUACAUGGAGGACCAAUUACAGUAGACCUAGAUACGUGUCCUAAUGUUCUGUUGAGUAGGCCUACGCUAGAUGUUUUUUGAUGUUCUGUUUUGAUGUUCUGUUGAGAAGCAUAUGUGUUCUGAUGUUGGUGUAUGAAUUAACUGAGUACAGUUUGUACCUAACUCAUCCUUUUAAAUGUUUUUCUGUACUUAAUGAAUUGCAUUUGUCCAUCCUGUCAUGUAAUUUUCCACCCUAUCGUGCCGAUGCCAAUGUUUGCAAUAUGCCCAUAUUUUGACAUUCUGUAUUUAAUUCAUAAAAAGUGUUUAAGCUUGACCAAUAUGUAUUUUUAACACCCAAGGGGCAGCUUAAUAACAUGAUUAUAAAGUGAAAGGGGAAAUCUUACCUUUUUCUUAUCGAAAUUACAAUGUCUCAAAGGCACUUUAUAAUGAUAAUGACCCAGGGCUUAAAUACACGGAACAAUGAGGGACAGGGGAAUACAAUCAGGGGCGGAGUAACCAAACAGGGGCCAGGACUGAAACCAAAACAAAGGAGCACAUGGACAGGACUGGGAGGGGCCAACCAUGACAGCAGGCAGAAACGGGCACAGAAACAGAACGGGCAACAGGAACCGAAGAAGACAUGGCAACAGAAACGGGAGACCGGGAGACAACACCAGACACAGGAACAGACGAAACAAAACGAGGACAAAAAACGGAGGGAGGACGA